GAGAAAUCAAAAAAAUCGACGCAUUCUGACACGGUCUAUCAUUUUAAUAAUUAUAUCAAAAAAAAUUUUAAAAUUAAAUAAAUAUUCGAACAUAAAAAUGAAACAAUCAUCGGUGUUAUUUGUCUUCAUGGUAGCUACACUUCUGAAAAUACUGCACACAGAAGCACAUUUCAAACCUAGACACAUGGACACAUCGUUGUCAUCGCCGUUAGGAUUCCAGCAAAUGUCCGCUCUAUCAACAAUCGGUCAGACCGACUUAAAGACUUCUCUAGCAAUACAAAAAACAAUAGCUUUUAUGACAAUUCUGUCGUCACACCCGAAGUUACUAUGUGUUGUCCCGCCGUUUUUAAUAGUCGACUUUCUCACACAACUGUCUUGCAACCCGGCGAUACUUAACGCCAUACCGCACAACAUGUUAACGGGAUUCAUGACUUCGUUGACGACCGUCCCGACACUCACAAAUUCCAUACCUCCAUCGGUGUUUGUAUCGAUCAGCGACUCACUAUCGAUUGGGACGUCCGGUACUACCGCCACGGGACCGGCCGAAUCGCCAAGACCUGAACUCAUCCCGACUACUUUGCCAGGCACAUCGGUAAGUGCUGAAGUUACCGCCGUCCUGACGCCGUCCGCCCCAUCUUCGGGACCAGUACCGACCGUGCCGGAUAUCUCAGUCACGAAAGACGUUGCCGCUUCUAUAUCGCCGGCUGUUCCGUCGUCGGGACCAGCACCUAACUUGCCGGGUAUCUCAGUCACGAAAGACGUUGCCGCUUCUAUAUCGCCGGCUGUUCCGUCGUCAGGACCAGCACCUAACUUGCCGGGUAUCUCAGUUACGAAAGACGUUGCCGCAUCUAUAUCGCCGGCUGUUCCGUCGUCGGGUCCAGCACCUAACUUGCCGGUUAUCUCAGUCACGAAAGACGUUGCCGCUUCUAUUUCACCUCCACCCGCAGCCCCUGUCUUACCGGCAGAUUUACCCACGACCGACGGAAUACCGCCAAACGCAUAUCCGCCUGCAGUGCCUUUAGUGCCAGGCGAACCAUCGGUACCAUGUAUAGAAGUGCCCGCCAUUGGAUCGGGGACCAUUGGAUCACUACCAGGGUUACCGCCGAUGCCAACUCCUUCAUUGUCACCGCUGUCAAUCCUGUCAUCGCUGUUUAAUAAAGGAUCAGGUAAUAGCCUGUUAGAAGCGAAGAUAGAAGCUAUACUUAAACUUUUUGCGAGUGGCAACUUAAACUUAAAGUUACCACAACUGCAUUUACCUGAAGUAGGUAGUAAAGUAUCCAAGAAACCGAUAAUACCUGUUAAGCCACAUCCUUCCCAGGUGUUUAUCCUUUUACCCGCCCCGCAGCUAGGUAAACCGGAAAUGUCAUCCGCACUGGCGACCAAACUAUAUUAUAAACCAGGAUCAGUAAACCAGAUCCUUGAUUUUAUUCAUCAACGUCUAUUCACGACUCCUCAAAAACUCGCCUUGCCAAAAAUUAACUUGCCAAAACUUAACUUACAAAAACUUAGCUUACCAAAGCCAACUCUUCAAUUCCCGGCGGUGUCCGCGCAGUCCAGCCCUAUCAAAUGUCUACCCAUCUUCUCCAAAGUUCCUUGUUAAUAAAUUGUGUAAUAUAAAAUAGCCCGGUUAUUUUCCCGAAAACACACAUCUCCAUUUUUAUUGUAUUUACUAAUUUUUUGUACUGUAUAAUUAUAUUAUUGUACUUAUAAUUUAUUUACAAAUUAAUUAUUAUUGCUAUUUAUUUAUUUAUUUUGCAUCGUUUAUAUUAUGUACUUAUAAUUUAGACCGUUGUGAUAAUAAUAUUAUACAUACGUAUAUAUAUAUAUAUAUAAGUAGGUAGGUAUAUACAUUAUAAAACGAAUAAAUACCAGUUAUUAAUAUGUGUCUAUAAUAAUCAGAAGUUUUGUUACAAUAAAAAAAAAA